AUGAGUAGGUGUGUCCAAUCUUUUUACUGGUACUGUAAAUUGAAGAUAUAUCGUCCUCCUCCCCUUGCAUGGAAGGCAAGCCACCGAGGCCAGGCAGUGAUGGUGAGCAGCAUGACAUGAGCAUCCUUUCCCCGAAUAUCAGUGCGCAUUCAUUUUGCUCAGCUGCAGAUCAAAUUGCCUCUCGAGACACACCACCACCCAGCCGGCUGCGCCCAAAAGAGCUACAAAGGAUGUCUACUGGUAACAGCAGCAGGGGAACAGCGGAGAAUGAUGGUACAGUAGCUGGCGUGAACAAGACAGUGGCAACCGAGCCGAGCUAAGCGUAUUUCGACUGCAGUGUCUGAGCGCCGGGACACUACACCCCCUAAUUUGUAUUUUCAACUGGAACAACGACGUUCACUUCUAACGUAAGCACACAGCAGGGUGACAGUAGUAACAGGUUACCACCAGUAGAGUCCACCAUGGGAGGUAUGGGCAGAGAGCGAUGCUGUGUCAUCCUUGCCAAGGAUGGAGGAGUCACACACCAUCCACUCAACAUGAGGCAGGAGGAUACUAAUGGUCAUUCUCUGUGGGUCGGAGAAUCCAUGUUGCUUUUGUUUAGAUCAGUCUGUUUGGUGCAUCAUGCAGACAGGAGUUCACCUGCUUCUCGGUCUCAUCCUGCACUAUGUGGAAGCUGCAGAGGCGUCACAGUGCUGGCAGGGUGCGACCUACUCAGAAGCUGUGGUCUCCCCGGCCCUGAGGAGCAGCAAUAUCUUGCGGGUGCCGGACGUGUCAUCUCUGGCGCAGUGUGCCGAGGCAUGUUGUGAUGUGCCCGGUUGUAACCUGGCCUGGCUGUUUGAGCGUCGCUGCUACAUCCUCAGCUGCCAGCAGAGGGAGAACUGUCAGCCCAGACAGAGACCUGGAGCUGAUUCCUAUAUGGCCUUCCUGCAGAGAGGAUCCCCCCAGACCCUGCUGCUCCAGUCUCUGGUCAGGGGGGAGCCCUACCCCAGUCGCUGGAGGCCCCGCCCCUCUGGGGACGUGGAGGCACUGAAGGACCUAGCCCUGUUAGAUGGGCCCCAGAUGGAUUUUGAUGACCCAGGUGGGAUGGGUUUGGAAUCCCCUGAGAGUGAACUUGGCCCUGAGGAUAACGGUGGGGAUCUUCUAGAUUGGCCUGCAGCAUUGGAAGGGAGGGAUGGUUUCAACCUAUCGGAAAGUGAAGGCAGGCUAGUGGGGCUGAGAUUUGCAACAGAAGGGGCUGAAAGCAGCCUGCCCAGUCCUUCCACUGGUGCAGCUAUCAACCAGGGGGCACCCCCCAGUGACCCCACAUCUGGCACUACACCUGAAAACAAGAAAGAUAGUGAACUACAGAACACAUCCUUGGCCAGCUCAGGGCCAACAUUCACGCCCAAACCACAGAAUGACAGUGUUCACUCCUCCCAACCGAGCCAAAUAAGGACUUCCCAUCCCAAUAAAGCCCCAUCUCAUCUGUCCAGUACUGUACCCCUGACCACAUUCACACAGACAGAGCGAACGUUGCCCAGGGACACAGUGGAACUGAUAGCCUCUGUCGGCCCAGAGCCACAAACUGCGGCGAGAAGGAACCAGACCGCCAAAGCCGUCACCGUCCCAGUAACCCAGGUCGUGUCACUUCCUGCCAGCUCAACCAUCGACAACGGCAGCCAGAGUUCUGAUGAUGGAGUGAUCAUCAGCCAUCACUGGGAGCAGGUUGGAGGUCCAUCCAUAGAGCUUGGAGCUUUCUCGGACACACAGAUUCUCAACCUAUCCAACCUUGCCCCUGGGGAGUACACGUUCAGGUUGACCAUUACAGAUUCUGCCGGGUUGUCAGACUCCACCAUGGCUACAGUAAAGGUCAUUCAGUCAGUGGAGAAUGACCAAAUGCCCUACCCCAGCCAUGUCACUCCCACCUCCAGCCCUGGCCUUGCUGCUACCCUGGCCCACAGGCAGGAUGACCCUACUGCAGCUACCUCCUCUGUCAGUGCCUCUGUCACUCAGAAGACAGAGAACAAAAGCACCCCCAUAGCUGAGGUCAAGGAGUCAAACGGAGCCCCUGUGGCUAUAGUGGGUCCUAACAGGCAGCUGACCCUCCCAGUGACCAGCGUCACCUUGGACGGAAGCAGCAGCACUGAUGACCACGCCGUCACCAGCUACCACUGGGACACCAUCAGAGGUCCUCCAGGGUCAAGGACAGAGGGUGUGGACAAGCCCAUAGCCAUAGUAACGGGCCUCAGAGCGGGCCGCUAUACAUUUAGUCUGACUGUGAGUGACCAAGAAGGGCUGAAAGACAGUGCCUUGCUCACAGUCAGGGUUCAAGAGGCCAGAAGCCUUCCCCCUGUAGCACAUGCCAGCGGUAGCCACACCGUCACCCUGCCCAACAACUCCCUGGUGCUCAGAGGCUCAGUGACGGAUGGUGACCCAGGCAAGGUGCACUUCCUCUGGGUCCGGGACAGUCAGAGCCCUGCUGCUGGGGACGUGCUGUAUGGUUCAGAGCAGCAGGCCUCCCUGUACCUGGCCAACUUGGUGGAGGGGACCUAUCUGUUCCAGCUGCGUGUCACAGACACCCAGGGACGCAGCAGCAUCGCCACAGCCACCAUGGAAGUGCGGCCAGACCCUGGGGGUCGUGAGGAGGUGGAGGUGGAGAUGUUGGUGGCGCUGGCCCAGGUGAGUGUGUCACAGAAGGACACAGUGCUCAGACAGUUGGCCGCACUGCUCCACGUCCUGGACAAUGACCUACACCUAAGGGGCCUAUGGGGACACUCAGAUAUCAGCACAGUGCUGAGGUUCUCAGUGCAGGGUCCUGAGGGGCCAGUCCCUGGUCCUAAACUGGCCAUUCUGCUGCGUGGUCAGCUGCUGAGGGAGAAGACUGAAUACCUGCUCUUCAGAGUCCUUCGAGUGGAUACAGUCAUGUGCUUGCUCCGCUGCUCGGGCCAUGGGACGUGUGACCCAAUCACCAAGGAGUGCGUCUGUGACCCCUUUUGGACAGAGAACCUCAUUCGCCGGUUCUUUGGUGAUGGAGAGAGCAACUGUGAGUGGCGGGUUCUCUACUUCAUCCUGUCCUUCUUCAUGGUCAUUGUCUUCAUCGUGACAGUCACCUGGACGUGUGUCUACUGCUGCAAAAGGAGGCGCACUAAGGUCGGGAAGAACACCAAGUACACUAUACUGGACAACAUGGACGAACAGGAGAAAAUGGAGCUGAGGCCCAAAUACAACAUCAAACACAGGAGCACGGAGCACAACUCCAGCCUCAUGAUGUCCGAGUCAGAGCUGGACAGUGACCAGGACACCAUCUUCAGCCGAGACCAACCGGUCCGGAGCAGAAACCGGACCAAUGCUCAGGCUGCCUGCAACGGGAACACCUACGGAUGAGCAGGAACGCACAGAACUGGGGUGGUUAUUGUACAACAUGAGUGAAACCCACUCUUGGGAUUAUGGCUGGGGUGCACAGCUCGAGUGCCAUAGUGUCUGCUUGUUUUCAGUCUCGUCUUCAAUUCAAAAACUGGUUUCGACCAGAUGUGUACUUUCUAUGACAUUCAUUGGACAACUCAGCACCAGGGAGAUGUGAAAAUCCAAGGGCCUUAGAAUACUAGUUGGGCAUCCCUGGAUUCUGGGAACUAACAGUAGCAUUGAGUUUACAUGCAUACAGAUUGUUUGAAUAAUUUGACACUAUGGAUGAAGGUGCUCUUUGUGAGGUGCACAGUGAGGUUCUGUGGCCUCACAUACUUCUACAGAUAACCAGAUUGGUGAAUGUACAUACAACUAUCCAUUGUGCAUACUAGUCUACCGACUACUACUGACCUUUAACUUUGCCUUGUUAUCCAAUAAUGUUUUUUUACUGUCAUUAUUUUAUAGGAAAUGGAGACAAGCCCAGCCCUGGUUGUGAGCAUCUGACGCCUCUCCUGUAAAUUUGUUGGCAAUUUGGAUUUGUCAAAAUGGCUUCAUGGAAAAGUCUCAUAAUUAUGUUUAGUACCCAAAGUCCAUCUUGUGAUGCUACUCGUGAGUCAUUUAAUCAAACUCAAUUUAUCUGUGAUCUCUCUCUAUGAGUGUCUUGGACUUUGACACAAUACAACACAGCAUUUUAUUGUAUUUGAACUACUGUUUUGAGUUAGCACACUUGUCCUCCAAACUAGUUGUAUAGUUUUGGUAUCUUUCUCAUUUUAAAGCUUCUUUAUGCUAAAUAAGCAUAAUGGGUCUUAUAAAUGGGCCCGAAGAAACAUAACCAGGCAUUUCAUGGGACAAGCCAUAAAGGUGCCAAAAUGCACUAUAAGCCUAUGGCUAACAGAGACCCUAUUAUAUCCAGGUACUUGGUAAUGCAUCCUUUCUUCCUUCCCUUGGUAAGAUCUAUUAUCUAACUUGAACAUGGUGGGUAACAUGCUUUCAAUCAUUAAUUCCUCUGCGUAAUGAUGGAUUCCCCCUCCCCCUCAUUCAGUGUCAGAGAAUGUCUGAUUACAUGAGUAUAGUGCAAAAUAAUUAGGACAGAUGGAAUUGAUCAUUAACAUUACUAUGUAGGACAGGUAGCCAUUGAUUGAAUGGAUCAAAUACUUGACAUUAAAGCAACAUAAGCAUGUCCAAUGGUUGGUUUACAUUUGUUCCCCCGUAAGGGACUGGGGAGAUAUAUCCCCAAUAUGGACAGAAACACAAACAGCCAUGUUAUAUUCAUGUAUUUUCCCCAUUACACCACCCAAUUUUUGGUAUUUGCUUUGUUUACUUAACUAAUUACAGCUACCAAUGUUUUUACAGAUAAUAUAUUGACAAAAUUAAACAAAUGCAUCUAAUCAAUGAACAGUG